AACAGACAUCUCUGAAUGCCGUGACAAAAAUGCCGUCUGGAGUCAUAUUUAUCGUGCAUAUUCCCUCGAGCAACUUCGAACACAUACUUAGAUUCGGGAAACCGAAAGAGUUACUGCCUAUCGAGGAAUCUACAGCGAAGAAAUGCUAUUUAGAAGUCGAACUGCGCAGUAAAAAGUCGAGAAGCAUUCCUAUACAUUUAACACAGAGCGUCUACGGUGAUAAUUAUAAUACGGCUUUGGAAAACAUAAAUGAAGACGACGAAUUCAUAACCAUGGAAAGCAUAUUGCAAGAAUUGCUACGAAAACUUCACGUGGAACCUGUGGUGUGGGUGAGCGAUAAACAAGGCAAUUAUUAUGAAGUGGAGUUCCCACUGCCUACGGGGGACCGAUGCGAGACAAUGCUACAUUGCCUUACUCAACUUGGUAUUGGGGUCUGCAACAAAUCGAUUGUCAGUGUUCUGCCCUGUAAUGUCGUACACUCAGCUGCCGAUUUCGAAGAAGAUGAUGAUGAUGCAAUGUUAAAGAAAAAUGAAGAUGCUAAACGUUGGCGGAGCUUCGUGGAAUCGAUUAGAUCAAAGCUGACAGUGAAACAAGUAGUCGACGGCGUCCGAGGCGGUGGAGAGCUAUCAUUUGAUUAUCUCACUUUAAUUAUAACAGCCGAUUCCCUAGCAGCUUUAGGACUGGUAGAGAAUAAUGCGUCAAACAUCGUGGCAGCCAUGUUAGUAUCGCCUUUAAUGGGUCCUGUGAUGUCGAUAACCUUCGGGACAAUCAUCGCUGAUAGGAGUCUGGUACGGAGCGGCUUUGAGAGCCUGAUCCUGGGGAUGUUCCUAUCGUUAUUGUUCGGAUUUAUAUUUGGACUUAUCUUGGGAACCACUGAAAUGCCUUGGGGCUUUGGCGACUGGCCUACUGAAGAAAUGAAAUCAAGAGGAAACGUCCGCUCGUUAUGGAUGGGAGUGCUUUGGGCCCUGACCUCGGGGACGGGCGUGGCGCUUGCUCUUUUGCAAGGCAGUGCCGGACCUCUGAUAGGCAUCGCUAUUUCUGCCUCUUUGCUACCACCGGUUGUGAACUGCGGUUUAUACUGGGCGUUGGCUUGUAUAUGGCUGUUGUAUCCAGGCGUGAAAGUACCCCACAUCAAAGGGGAGCCGUAUUUCGGAAAUUCGUCUUAUGUGCCGCUUUACCACCCGUACUUACCCAUUGAGUUUGCUGUUAAUGGCAUAGUGAGCUGCUGUCUUACUAUCGUUAACGUGAUAUGCAUCUUUAUAACGGCAAUCAUGUUCCUGAAAAUCAAAGAAGUGGCUGCUCCGUACACGUCUACGCCUGAUCUGAGAAGGUUCUGGGAGCAGGACAUCAAAGUCGUUCGAGAAGCCAAUCGCGCCACCUUGCAGCAGGCCGAAGACGACGAGCGUGCUGAGUUAGUCUUGGAGGAUUUAAAUCAGAACGAUGAUGAAGAAGUCAAAGAACGCUUGGAAGCUGCUGUACAAGAGGCCCUCGACGACGAGACUUACAGAAAAGUCAAGAGAAUGAGUUACCAAAGUCACACUGCUGAUGAGGUUAUCCGCACAAUCGGGCUACAGCCCCGAUCUCCUGGGUCGAUUCGAUCCAGCCUCGUCGCAUCCGGCAGAGCCACGCCUCAGAGGCAAGGCUCUAACAUGAACGACAUCGCUGCUUUGGACAAACUGCUGACGUCGCUACUUGGUCUCCAACACAAGAGGACCAGGUCCUUUAGAUCUCAUUUUGGCACCCCAAGAGCUAGUCGGUUACCCACUUUAAACGAACUCGGCAGGAAUAGGCGGUCAGAGUCGUGGCCGGAGAAAAUAUUUGAAGAAUCUAUCGUUCGCAACGUCCUCAACAGUGUGAGAGCCAGCAAGAGGAGCUCCGCUGUUGAAGAACCGUUUCUGACCCCUCAGUGAAAUUUAAGAAUCUAUAAUCUAUAGAAUCAUCUAGCCCCGAAGUAAGCGCCACUUGUGUUAUGGGUGCUAAGAUAGCUGAUGAAUAUUUUUAUGAAUAGCCUAGGUAGCUAUGCUACUUUUAAAUAAAAUAGCCUUUUAACGGUUAAGAAAAAUUAAAUUCGGUUUUAUAGCUUCAAAGUUUAUCGAUAACAAAUUGAUAACAAACAAACAAACAAAUCUUUCCGCAAUAUAAAAUUACGUAGGAUAGAUAUAGUUAGCGAUAAAACAAAAGAAAUCAAACACAUUUUUGGUAACAAAUUACACAAUAAUUUAUAAUUACUUAGUG